AUGGAAUAUUCUAACUAUGCUGGAUUAAGUUCUGAACGUCUGGACUGUUUGAGAAAUUUGGAUAUAAGAAAAAGGUCUGUGUAUAGUGGAUCUACUUUUUCGUGUGCUAAUAACAUUUAUGAAAUUUUACAUAAUUGCCCAAGUGAAGAAAAAAAAAAAAAAAAAAAUAUUAAAGAUGAAAAUUUGCUUGGACAUGAUUGUAUAUAUCCCCCCAAAAAUAUGAAUUAUGCUGGACUCCAGUCUGCUAUUAAAAAUGACAUAGAUAUACGAAACAGACGAAUUAAAAAUGACAUACACAGUCAUGAUGGCAUUUUAAAAGAUAUUAUACAAAAUAAUGUAAAAGAAAAUGAGUUAAAUAGUUCAAAGUGUUUUUUCUCUGAUAAGGGAUAUGUAUUGACACCUAAAAAAUGCUUAGCUAGGCAUGUUGAUGAUAGUGAAAUAGACAAAUAUUUUUCUACGAAAUAUGCUGUAACUGAUAAAUCUAGUGGACGAACAGAAAUUAUGGUUGAGAGAAAACCUGGAUGUUCCAAUAUUAUCGUUCAGAACUUUUCAGAGUUUGAUGCAUAUGCAACUUAUAAAAAACAAGAUGCCAGAAAAAAUAGAAGGGAUUCGUUCGUUCAUACUAAAAUGGGCAUUGUGCCAAAAGAUGGAUCAUCCAUAAGCGAUAAAAACUGUAAAGCUCGAGGUAUGUUUACUGAACUGCACAGGAGUGACAAUAUAGCUCCAGACAAUUACUGGUUAUGCCCAACUAUUGAAAGCGAGGAAAAAAAAAAAAAAAAGUAUUAA